AUCAGUUCAAAGUAAUUCAUCAUCGACGGAAGUUAGAUAUUGCUCCCUCGCGUGCAGUGGUGACACGGAUAAGGAGUUGAAGAACGCAAUUUGAAAGCCCGUCAAGAUGAAGGGUGUUCUACUGUUUGUAAUGGCAAUGCUAGCCUCACUGGAGUACUGCAACUGCUAUAGCGCUAGUGACAAGGCUGUUAUUAUUGCAAACUGGACGACAGCAAUCAGCAAAAGUUUGUCCUUAUCGCAACUGGAUGACACUCGGGUAUUUCCCCCGUUGGUAGUCCGAGUAUGGUCAGAUGAGUUCGUGGAAAAGUUAUGCGCUAACCGUCUAUUCCUUCCAACGGAGUCUAUGCGUCAGAAAGCAGACGCAAAAUGCAGCCAGUACUUCGGAUCUAAAGGCAAAGGGGGUAGGAUUCAGUACAUGUGCAGAGAGUCUGGGCGAGAGCUUCACCUCAGCACUGUAUUCAAAGACAGACAAAUUAUUCCAGGAUUUAGGUUUCCCUGGGCCCGCACGAACUGCGUUGACAAACGGGCAAGCUUACCCGCUGAGCAGGACCUUGACUGCACCAAACGCUUGAUUGAGAUGGCCAAUGCAGACUUGAAUAGGGAUAGAGGCAUUACACACACCUAUGCUGAUAUUCUUUGGCCCAGCAAAGCCUGGUACACCAGAGUAUUCUUCAGUGGAGGGAGCAGGUUUUUAAACUCGGACAAGGAGAAUGUCGACAGCCAAUCCUACCUACACUCCGUCUGCUCCAUUCACAAAUUGCCACGCACCAACUGUCGGUAUAGCAGAUAUGGACUGAACUCACCCGUCAUCUUUUUCACUGUUGACCAGACUAGGAGAACCUAUCAUGACGCAAUACAGAUGUGCGCAAAUCACAAUGGAAAGAUCCUGCAGUACGCGGACUACAGGUAUGGGUUCGACUGCAUUCGUGAGCAUGUCAAAACUGUUGCCGAAACUGGCGGCUCCAUUCCCGUUGCCGGAAACUGGGUACAGUACCGAACGGCGGACGUGGCCUUUUAUACGAAGUCCCGGGUCAACCAACUCGGCCACAGUCUUUUGGCUAAUCAGGAAAAGCAUUUUUACAUGUGCAGAACGGAUUAUAGCGAGCAGAAUUGGAAUCAAAUCGCAAGAUUAGUGGAGCAUUGGACGUACCACGCUAACCCAGAGAAGUUUCUGGAGGCGGGUCAUAAGUAUUUCAGUGGCCUUGGCAACCUUAAUUGGGGAGCAGACUAAACAGAUCCCGGACCGUAUGUCACGCGGAACUUAUAGUCGCUCGAAGUGGCCAGAAUAUUUUUUCUCCUGCUUCUUGAUCUACACUACAUUGACCUCUCCAUUUUACCUCCCUUCCGUGCCAGUUUUUCUCCCCUCCCCACUCUAUUUCUGCCCUCUCCUCUUCCAAGUUUCUUUGUAUGUAGCACAAUCCUUACAGGAUACGCUAUGUAUGUUAUGUCUGUGUUUGUGAUGUAAUUGUGUCCUCAUUCGUAACCUACAAGGUGAUAUGGCCUUCAACAUUAUUAAUUUUUAACAAUAUGUUUAAAAUUGGCUGUUUCUCUGCUAUGGAUGACUGGGUUGGAGAUAUAUUAUGUGGUGGUCAAAGAGAGUCAGUUUAUCGUAGGUCA